AGCUCCGGUUUGAUGGUGUCACCUUAAAAUGUGUCCUGAGUGAAGCUAAACGAGGCUGUCCUCCAGAGGCUGAGUAUCAGUCCCCAUCAGAGGCUAAAGCUUUGAGUUCAUUCAUGCCUUCAGGCUCCAUUUCCACACCGGUUCGUUUCCUUCUCGGUUUAAAAUGGGAGUAGUUCUCCGGAACCUCCAGAGGGUGGUUCCUCUGCGGCGCGCCAGGCUGCGCAGGGACGUGGACACCCUGAGACACAUCCUGGGCAUCCACAAGUUCGACCUGGGGAUCAUCUGCGUGGAUAACCGCAGGAUCCAACAGAUAAACAGCAUUUACCGAAAGAAGAACGCGCCAACGGAUGUCCUGUCCUUCCCAUUCUAUGAGUCUGUGUAUUUCCAGGACCUGCGACCCGGAAAGCUGCCUUGCCCCCUUCACAGAGAUGAGCUGAACCUUGGAGACAUCUUCCUGGGGGUGGAGUUCGUGAUGAAGCAGUGCCAGGAGGAAUCUGUAGAUCUUCAUGCUGCUCUCACUGCCGUCACGACUCACGGCAUCUGUCACCUGCUGGGCUACAGGCAUGAGACAGAAGAGGAAUGGACCGAGAUGCUGCAGAGGGAACAAUACAUCCUCAGCGAGUUCAGCAGACUCACCGGCCGACACACGGAGCCGCUCAUGAAGAGAUGCGGCCCGGACACAUGACGGCAGCCUGCGAGGGCCAAAAGAUCAACACUGCACCAAUUGUUUUGCACUAAUUCAAUCCACUGCUGCUGUUUAGGAUUUUAAUAGAGACUCUUGACAGCUGGAAGGACGUCUUCAGCGACACAAUGAAACAUCAAUCGUUAAAAUAAACAAUCCAGUCUGUAGUUUGACUAUAGCUUUAUUAAAAUCUGCUUUUAGGAAGAAUCAGUCGUGUAUGAAGGGUAGAAAAAGCUUCCCACUCUCACUGCAUAAAUACAUACCAGCCUAUUCACACAGCACUCAGGACACAUGGCAGGGGAGAGAAACACCAUCAGCUCAUCGAUCCACCUCUCAGGCCACUCAUAUCCACCAAAUUGAUAUAAAUAUUUAAAGGAAAUCAUCUUAUGAGGGAGAAAUAUGACAUGUUUAAUCUAGCUGUGGAAUAAAAACUAAACUAGA